AUGCCCUUCGCCGGCCUUCUUCGCCGCGGAACCUCCUUCUUCAGCGCGGCCGCCACAAAGGUCGACACCAGCGCCGACGCCGGCAAGGUGACCAAGGACACGCUGUUCCCGCUCGUCACCUGCGAGCACGACAAGACCGACGCCGCAGAGGAGUGCGACCACGACUGCGCGGCGUGUCCACAGGUGGCGCCCGACGGGACAAGCGGCUAUGGGAAGGCGUUUGACAAGAUCGGCGUUGACCACGAUGAGGAGCUGUGGGGGGGUGUCAAAAAGUACUCGAGGCAUGUCAUUGUGGCGACGGGAGAGACGGACUGGAUCAGGGAUGUGGACGAGAUUCGGGGGAGCGUGAUGGAGGCGCUGAAGGAGAGGGUGGAGAAGGGGGCGGUGGAGGAUAGGGAUGGGAGGCUCAUGGUCUCUGCAUCCAACAUGCCGCCCUCCGAUCACCACCACCACACCGACGCCACAAAGCCCCAACCCACAUCCGUGAUCCUCCUCCCCUCCUGGACACUCAUCGAGAACGUCACACCCGCCACCACCCCCGAGCUUGUCUCCCGCUUCAUCAACCCCUCCCCCACCAACCUAGACCCCCUCGUCCCCACUCCCUCCACCCCCACGCCCCCCUCCCCCGCCGCGUCCACCCUCUCCCCACCCCUCGACGAACCCACCCGCCCCCGCUCCCCCCUAACCCUCCAGAUCCCCACCACCACCAACCCCUCCCUCCCCGCCGGCUCCCCCACCCGCGCCCCCGGCAGCCCGCUCAUGUCCCCGUCCACCCCCAUCGACACGUCCACGCUGCAGAACCUCUCCCUCUCCGACGUGCCCUACUCGUGCGACAGCACCGUCACGGCGUCCCACUACCCGCACGACACGCUCAUCCUCCUCUGCUCGCACAAGCGCCGCGACGCCCGCUGCGGCAUCAGCGCGCCCAUCCUGCGAAAGGAGUUUGAGCGCCACCUGCGCCCGCUGGGGCUCUGGCGCGAUAUGGCCGAUAUGAGGCCGGGCGGCGUGAAGGUGCUGUUUAUUAACCAUGUGGGCGGGCACAAGUUUUCCGCGAACGUGAUUGUGUAUCGGAAGGGCGGGGUGGAGAUGGAGGGGUCUGGUGUUGGGGCGGGGAUGGGGAUGGGGGAGAAGGGGGUGGACGGGGAGGGCGGGAAGGGGAAGGGGGAGGUGGUGCAGGGGGUGUGGCUGGCGAAGGUGACGCCGAGGCAUGUGGAGGGGAUUGUGAGGUAUACGGUGCUGGAGGGGAAGGUGUGUGAUAGUGGGCUGAUUCGGGCGGGCUUUGAUAGGAGGACGGGGUUGAGUAGUUGGUAG